GUAUUUAACACGACGGUUCACAUGAGGAGGAAGACGGGGUUAUGAUUACAUCUCCAUUUGAAGUUAUCCACAAGUUCUUGCAAAUUUCAUGACCCACUAUGGCAGUAAACCUGAGUAAAAACGGACCCGCGCUUACAGCCGCAUACAAUGACGUGGUGAACGGGAAAACGGACACAAACUGGGUGUUGUUCACAUACGAAGGAAACAGUAAUGACAUUCGGGUUGCAGAAAAGGGAGAUGGUGGGCUUGAAGAAAUGGUGGAGGAACUGAACAGCGGUAAAAUCAUGUACGCCUUCUGUAAAGUGCUGGACCCCAGUUCUGGAGUCCCCAAGUUUGUGCUCAUUAACUGGACGGGCGAGGGAGUCAAGGACGUUAGAAAGGGUGUUUGUGCCAAUCAUAUUCACUCAAUGGCCAAUUUUCUGAGGGGUGCCCAUGUGACCAUCAACGCUCGAUCAGAUGAUGAUGUUGAACCGGCUGCCAUCAUGGAGAAGGUGGCCAAGGCCUCGGGCGUCAACUACAACAUCCACAAAGAGUCAAUCCAGAACAAUAAUACUGAACUUAUUGGACGUGUGGGUUCGGUCUAUAAAAAGAUCAGUGCUUUAGAUGAAAUCCAAGCUACGAUAAGAGAAAACUUCUGGGCUCAGGCUGAGCAAGAUGAAAAGAACCGCCGGCUGGAGGAGCGCAGGAAAGCAAAUGAGGAGAGGCAGCGUCUGGAGAAAGAGCAGAGGGAACAAGAGGCUAGAGCGGCAGAAGAGCGAGAGCGAAGGCAGAGAGAGAGAGAGAAAGAGAUCAACCAACAGAGGCUGUAUGAAAAGAAACAGGAGGCAGCAAAUAAAGAACAGGAACAAGGAAAAUGGGAGAAAGUGGAGAAGGAACACCAGUCUCCUGUGAAAGCAGGAAUAUUGGGAUCUGAGUCUGUGCAGAAGGCCAAUGGUGCCCAUGUAACCAGCAGCGCUCGAUCAGAUGAUGAUGUUGAACCGGCUGCCAUCAUGGAGAAGGUAGCCAAGGACUCGGACGUCAACUACAACAUCCACAAAGAGUCAAUCCAGAACAAUAAUACUGAACUUAUUGGACGUGUGGGUUCGGUCUAUAAAAAGAUCAGUGCUUUAGAUGAAAUCCAAGCUACGAUAAGAGAAAACUUCUGGGCUCAGGCUGAGCAAGAUGAAAAGAACCGCCGGCUGGAGGAGCGCAGGAAAGCAAAUGAGGAGAGGCAGCGUCUGGAGAAAGAGCAGAGGGAACAAGAGGCUAGAGCGGCAGAAGAGCGAGAGCGAAGGCAGAGAGAGAGAGAGAAAGAGAUCAACCAACAGAGGCUGUAUGAAAAGAAACAGGAGGCAGCAAAUAAAGAACACGAAAAAGAAAAAUGGGAGAAAGUGGAGAAGGAACACCAGUCUCCUGUGAAAGCAGGAAUAUUGCGAUCUGAGUCUGUGCAGAAGGCCAAUGAGGCGGCGUCAAUCAUCUCUCAGCGUUCCAUCAAUCCCAGGGAGCUGUUCAUGAAGACGGAGAGAAGUUUGGUCGAAAGUGCAGCGCCCUCUUCACCUUCUCGACCAGGUCAGCUGAGAAGCCCAUUUUUGUCCCAGUCAGCAGUCAGUGCAGAAAACCCUCAGAGUGAGAGCAAGUCUCCAGUUCGCCUCACCUCAGUUUCACAUGUACCAGUCUUCUCUCCUGUGCAUGAAACACCGGCUUUCCCCGGAAAAGAUGCAGACCCCUUCUCCGAUGAUCCAUUUGUAUCGGAACAAGCUGAGGAAUUUGAAAAUGAAUGGGAUGAUUCAGAUGAGGAAGAACUGAGCGCCGUUGCCGGAAACCGAGAAAAUGAAGAUGUAAACAGCAUCUAUAUGAACGUCCCCUUACAUCAAAAUCUCUAUGAUGAAGUUGGCCAGUAUUUCCAAACCUCUGCUGGCGAAGAUGAGACUGGCCAUAACCAGAACAUCUGUGCAAGAGCAUUAUAUGACUACCAAGCUGCGGAUGACACUGAGAUCUCCUUUGACCCGGAUGAUAUCAUCACAGGGAUCGAGAUGAUCGAUGAGGGCUGGUGGAGGGGCUACGGUCCUGAUGGGCACAAUGGAAUGUUUCCUGCUAAUUAUGUGGAGCUUCUUUAAGUCUACAGUAACCAAUCAGACGCAAUGCUAUGUGACAAAAAGGUUGUGGUUUUUUAGUGUGCUUUAAUGAUGUUACGAGGCAUUUGUAAAAUCUAAAUUCGUACUUUGUCUAUAUAAUAUUCAAUAAAAGUUUUAUGUCUCUUUAA